CCGCGCAGCCGUGAUGUGAACCAUGGGGACUCCAAGUGCAGUGAGACUUGUUGCUAUCCUAGUGCUGUGUAGUGCCGCCCAAGCCAUACGCGUGCCCAUUGACUGGACUGGUGACAGUGAAGUGACUAAAGACGCGCCUAUUUUGCAAGAGACUAGUGCAGCUUCCCAACAAAUACAACAACAACCCAUCCCAAUAGAGUACUUCCAGUAUCCAGCACCGAAACCACAAUUUGCUGUCGAUGUCGCCACGUACCAUGGAGUGAAAAAUCCAGAGAGUCACUACAAGGCUUAUCCCAUACGACCGCACGGUCAAGAAAAGCCUGUUCUCGGAAAACAUAAACUGUUAGACGAAAACAAUCCACUGUUUGAACAGUUUCAACGAUUCACUCAGAUAAAUGAAGGCGAUAAAAAAUAUGCAACACCAGUUUCUAUGGACUAUGAGGUUUUCCACCCAUAUAAAGCGGAGGAACCAGCUUUCGAGCAAUUGUAUAAAGAUCCGGUUCUGGGUAAGAUUAGAAACGACAUUUAUAACAGUCAAAGUCGACUAAAAAAUUACGAAAACGAGGCAGGAAAACCGGAUAUACAAGAUGGAGAAUACUUAGAAAGUCCUGAACAAACCGAUCAUAAAAAACACCCUCAAAGAAAUGUUCCAGUUCCGUAUGAAAUACAUAGGCCACAAAGACGACCAAUUUAUUACAGACCAAGUCCAAAUUUCAGCAGAGACCGUUAUUUAAAUCAAAAAUUUAGACAUCCCUGGAAUCAACAUAAUGCGAAAAUCCGACCAGUUCACUAUCGUCCUUUAAAAAAUCAUAUACAUAGGCUGAGACAAAAUCAUGCUAUAAAGUUUGAUGAUGAACAUAACGAAUAUCCUCAAGUACCUACUCAUGAACAAAUAGCUGAAGUUCCCGAGGGUUAUGAUAUCUAUCAACGUGGCAAAGAAAAGUAUAUUGCACUCAGAAAUAAUGUAGAUGAGUCUAUCAACAACGCAGUGAAAGAAAAUCGUCCAACCGUUUAUCAAAGAUUAGAGCUACAGAAUAAUGGUGGGAGAACGGAGACGCAGAUAAGUGAUGACGAUGAACCUGAGUUCGUGCCUAUCAAGAAUUAUGCUCAAGUUCGUAAAACCGAAACAAUGAAACAUUUACCACGUGAAGCAGCUUUUCAAGAAGCGGCCAGUUAUGAUGAGAUUAAAAACGCACCUCGUUUAAGGGAAGCUAUCAAAAGUACCAAGGCUCAAACAGUAUACACUGAAGAAGGAUAUGAAGAUGCUGCAUAUGAUCAUGCUGGUGAAGAGAAACAUGCCGCAGAAAAUGAAGGUCAUGGCGGAUUUUUAAAAGAAAAAGAAAUAAGCAGAGGCAAAUACAAAACGCCAUCAUUGGCUGCACAAUAUCAAGAUGCCAGUGGUAACGAAUACAAAGACCAAGUGUUGCACGGCGAGAAAUGGAAUGAUGAUCAAAAAGAGAAGGAGGAAGAAAAUGAUGAAAUAAAUUUAGCAGAAGAUGAAAACCAUGAAUCCAUUGAGGACGAAGAAGCUGCUAUUGAAAGAAGUAAAAGAGAAAAUAAACCAGACAACGCCGCUUCUAAUGAAAACGAUGGUGUAGAAAAUGUGAGUACUGAGCAUGAAGUUAAUAAACGAGAAACAGCAGUAAAAAAUUUCAAAGUUCCUGAAAUUAAUUUGAACUCAACGUUUUUAACUCCUGAAGAAAUUUUGAAAAUGGCCAAACUGAAACUUCAGCCAAAACAGCAGGAUUUUAAAGAAAAAUAUCCAUAUUACUUUAAAAACUUAAAAACUAUCCACAAAGAUUCACCACUUCGAUACGCUGAAAAUCUCAAGCUCAUCCCUAAAAAGUCUAAAGGUGGUACUGAGUUUUAUGAUUCAAGAAAUUUAGAAUGUCCAGAGGUAGGAGAAGAUGUUGAUGCUCUACCGGAGAAACUUAAAAAGGGAGGAAAUCCAGAUAGUGAUGAAAGUGAUGAGAGUGCAGAGGAAAAUGACCCUUCAAAAACCAGAGAUAAAGCUGAUUUUGAGCAACUAAAGAAGAAUCGCCGACUUAAGGGCUUGGGCGAUAAAAUAGAUUGUUUCAAAUCAAAGUUCUUUGGCGAAAAUCCGUUAGACAGUCCAUUUUUUAAAGAAGAAAUUAUAUCAAAUCCAGAACCUAUUAUAGCACCUACCUUACCCGUGUACAAAUUUAUAUCUAAGGAUCCAUUGACACAGGCAUCAACACUUAGUAACGUUUUCAAUGCUUCCGAGAAACUCAAAGAAAAUACCAAAUCCGACUUGACGGCUCUAUUAGAUAAAUUAAGAAGUGGACAAAAAGAUUUACAAGAAUCUUUGGUGAAAACAAACCAGGAUUUAAAAUCGUCAUUAAUAGUGCCACAGAAUAUUUCUUUACAUAAUAAUACUCGGUUAUCUCAACAAACCAAUGUCUAUAGUGACGUUUUUAAAAAUAUCCAGAAACAACCUAUUUUAAGCAGCAGUAAUCAAGUUGCCAAACACUUAAUACAACCUGCUACAAUUAAUACAAAAAAUAGUAAUGUGACUUACAUUUCCUAUCAAAACAAAGAAGAUGUUACAAUACAACCUCGAACGGUUCGUAAAAAGAGAGCUGCACCAUUUGUCUAUGAACCUUAUAAAAUAAUUAGAGAUGGUCAGGUUCAAGAAUCAAAGAAAACCACAACAACAAGUAAUAUAAGCCCGCUCAUAAGGCAACUACAAUCCAGUAGAAUUAUCGACAAAGUUAAAAAGUCGGCUGACGAAAUAGAACAACCAGUUGCUCGCCAUGUUUCUUCUCGUAUAUACAAAGACAUUGGCAGAAAAGACAGAGAUAAGAAUUCUAAACCCGAUGAAUCGUCUGAGGCUAGUUUUAUUGAUGUCAACAUUGAUAAACGCAGAGGGGAACCAAGAUAUGAAGUAAGAAUAGCAAAUCAUAAGUCUAAGUAUACUCCAGUUGAUAAUAAAAAAGCUAUGUCUGUUAAAGAUUAUGAGACCCAAACUAAUAAAACUGUAAAGACGCCAGAAAAUAAAGACACCAUUCAGAGCGACGCACCAGCGGCAGUUCGUUUCGAGACUCGUUCUAGAGAAAAGUCACGGCAAAGAAGACCUACAACAGCUAAACCAUAUUUUGAUGUUUCUCAAUUUAUUCCAAAAGCUAGUGACUUGCAAAGGACUUCUGCCUCAAAUACUGUCAAAAAAGUUGUAAAGCAACCUGCCACAACUUCACGUAAUAACCAACAAGAAGUGCAAGAGCCAAAAGACGAAAAUGAUGAUGAAGAGGAAGAUUACGAAGAAUACGAUGAUGAAGAAAUUGUUACUACUACGACGACAUCAACACCAAAACCAUCAUUUAGAAAACGACGGCCUAGUACUACCACUACUCCUACUACGACAACUACUACAGAAACACCAGAAGAUGAAGUAACAGAAUAUCCCAGGUUACGGCUAAUCACAAGAUUCCGAUCUACUGCUGCACCAGUUAAAACAACUAAUCCACCAGAAAAUUAUACUGAAAAUCCCAGUAAAAGAAAAUAUGACGAAGACAUUGAAGUAGUUUCUCCAAAAUACCGAGAAAAGAAAAAGAAGAGUUCAAAAAGUACUUUAGUAACAGACACGAAAAGUUAUGGUGAUGAUAACGACGAUAUGAUGAGGGAUGCAGUAGAUGCUAUGAUUGGAGUCAAACAGAAUAUGGAUGACUACAAACCUAAUUAUGAAAAGGAGAUUGAAGAAAAAUCUUCUAUUAGAAAACGACCAACAUCUUCAAGUGAAGAAGAAGAAGACGAUGAUGAAGACGACGAUGAUGAAAUAGAUUCUGAUGAAGAUGAUGACGAAGAUUUUGAAGACGACGACGAUGAAGAAGAAAGUGAUGAAGAAAAUGAAUCAACUACAGAACCUGAAUCUGAAGUUACAACACCGGAACCGACUAAGCGUACUCUAGUUAGAACCACUGAAGCUCCAGUGCCGACUACAGAAGCACGAAGUGCUAAACUGGAACAAAAACCUAUAAUACAUAAAAAGAAAAUUGAAAUACACAAAGAAAUACCUGUAAAUAAUUCUUCUCCACAUAUUACACAAUUUAAACAAGACAUCAAAGAAAUUGAAAUUAUAAAAGAAAUGCCUGCCAAACCUCAGAAAACAGGACACAGAAAACCUCAAAAAAAUAUAGAAGCAUUAGAAUUAUACAAAGAUGAAAAUUUGCCUAAAGAAGUUAAUAAAUUAGGUGCGGUAGAAGUAUUUAAAGAGAAUUUAGAUCUCAGAAAUGGACCGAGACAUGGUGGAAAUUAUAGGAGCGCUCAACUUGUCGAAUUAAAUGAAGCUACUACUACUUUGCAACCUAUGCACGGAGGUAAUUUGAAAGCUCUAAAAGAUCCAGAGACAUCACAAAGUAAAAAUACAAAACAAAUUGAGUUAUCUGAAAUAUUACCCGCUAGAAGACUGCAUAGUGGAAAUCUGAGAUCUAGAAACAGUAACAGAAAUGGUAAACUGGAAUUGGCCGAUUCUCCAAAAUCUUCAACAAGAUUACAUGGAGGUAAUCUUAAAUCAAUUCAAGAUAAAGGUAGACGACGAGAAAGCAGUAAAAGUGCAAAAUUGAUUGAACUCGAUGAUGAUCGCGAAGAUGAUGAUUCCGAUGAUAUGCAUGGUGGUAACUUCAAGUCUUACGACAAUACUAGAAGCCGUGGGAAACCUUUGCAUGGAGGUAAUUACAGAAGUGCUAAGCUAAUAAAAGCUGAUGACGAAGACGAGACAACUACUGUUACAACAAAAGGUGAAACAUCGUCAAAUCCUAGGAGCAAAGCAGCAGUGGUACUGAACAGUUUUGCACAAGCUGUACCUAUUUUAACUACAACGCCAGCAUAUAUUUUAGACCCUAGUAAACGUAUGUAUUAUUAUGUAGAUGCUUGA